UCUUGCAAUUUGACUCAAUUUUAGUGUAUUUUUUCAAAGAAAUUUUUUCCAUUCAGCCUUUCGAAAGCACGAUUACCUUUUUCUGCGUUGGAACCAUCUUGGAAAUAUGAGUGAAAAGAAACUAGACGGCCAACAAAAUCCAAAUCAGUCACAAAAUCCACAAAGUUCAAAACAUCCACGCCCGUGUCCAAGGCCGGAUUGUGAUUGGGCAGACAGUGACGAUGACACAACGUGUAAUGAAUACAUUGUUCAAGAGAUUACUGUCAUUGGCGACAAACCCAGUAAAGUAUGUCCAACUGUCACGGACACCGUCCAUGAACGGCUACUCGUUUUUGAUAAGGGCGAAAAGCUGAACAAGUUAAUUGAUAGUUUCACUCAGUCGAUAAGCGGUGCAUUGUUAUUGAUGGUGAAGAGUGAUGAAAGCAUUGAAUCGCAGGAUUCAGCAAAGGGUUCGACUAAAGUUGAAGGUGAAAAAGUGAAGUCGAAAUCGAGUGACAAAAAAGAAUCCGUUUCAAAAGUGAAGCUGGAAGAGAAAGGACCACAAACUAAACCAGCAUCUAAACCCGAAGCAGGCAAAGCUAAAGCUGAACAGAAGUCAAAAGAAUCCAAAGAGGCUAUCGUUAAGCCCGCUACCGAAAUCGAUCAAAAGCAAAUUGAACCAAUAGCUGUUGAACUAACGCAGCCAGUUUUGUCGGAUUUGUCGAAAGUUGAGAAAAAAACCGAUGAUAAAACUGCAACUGUUCCAGCGACGCUCGAUAAAAGCAAAUCGAAACCUGAAACGAAAUCAUUAGAUGUUGACACGAAACCAGCAAUCAAGCCAGUGACGCCAAAUUUGGAUGUCGAUUUGAAGCCCAAAAUUGAUGUCAAAGAAAUUCCAACAACACCCAAGCCGGAAGCAGAAAAGGAGAAAGUCGAAAACAAAACAAAAGUUGCUCCACUUACGACUAAUCCUAAAGCUGACGAGAAACCUAAAGAGGCUGUGGCAAAAGUGGCUACUCAGCCUGAAGCACCAAAAAGUGAUGGCAAGAGCAAAGAUGCUUCGGCUGAACCGGUUGAAAUCAAAUCGAAACCGGAGGAAACGGUUAUCGAUGUUGCAGCCAAGCCUGAAGCAGACAAAAAGAAAGCAGAUGAAAAACCCAAAGAAGUGGCACCACCAAAGUUACUCAAAGGCGAAGACAAAUCCAAAAUUGCACAUGGUAAAUGUAAAGACGAACAAAAACCAAAGGAUGAACUGCCGAAAGUUUCUACUUUACCUGAUUUGCCAAAAAUGGAUGAAAAAACGAAAACCGAAGGUAAACCAACUGAAAUCGGUAAGCCGACAACGAAAUCAGAUGUUGUCACGAAGCCAGAGUUAGAC